AUGGCCUACCGAAGGAGACACAGCACGGCGCGCUCCGCCACCUUCGAGGACUACCGCUCCUUUUCCUGCGUCGACGACGAAGGUGACUCCUCCCACUCCCUCGCCACCAAGGCCAUCCGUGCCUCCGCCGCCCACCGGGACUCCUCCCUCUCCUCCGCUUACGACGGUGCUGACGUCCCCUCUGCCCCCGCCGAUCGCCGGAGCUUCCAUAAACAGGGCUCGAAUGUCUACGAGUACUCAACGACGACGAGGAAGAACAUAACCGGCAGGCAGAGAUUUUGGGAGGUUUUGGCUAAGAAAGCUAAAGCUAUUCUGGAAGAUGAGGAGCAGCCUGAAGAUCAUUCCCAGAAGCUCAAUUCGAAAGAUGAACAGGUUCGAACAAAGUGUUCUAAUGAGAAAAACCAGAAGACCGAUCAGAGUCCUGCGAUCCAGAAGGAUGCAAUUGUUUCUUCUCUGACGAAGGAAUCCAGUGGCACCCUCAAACAUGCAUCGAAAGAAGGGAUUCCGGCGAUCGAAGCGACUAAGAAGCUGCAAAUCAAGAACCCCGAAAGUUCAGAUUCUGCAACCGAAGCCGUGGACGAUUUCACUCAGUUUCAGAUUGAGUAUGAGAACAAACUAAAGGCUUCUCAGAAGGUUGCAAACGCCAUAGCUGCCAAGGCAAAGCUUCUCCUGAGGGAGCUGAAGACGGUGAAGGCCGACUUCGCCUUCGCGAAGGAACGGUGCGCUCAGCUCGAAGAGGAGAACAAGGCCCUGCGAGAGAACCGCCAGAAGGGGGAAAACCCAGCGGACGACGACGAACUGAUACGCCAUCAACUGGAGACUUUGCUCGAAGAGAAAGCUCGCUUGGCACGAGAGAACUCGGUGUACGCGAGCGAGAACCGGUUCCUGCACGAGAUCAUCGAGUACCAUCAGCUCACAAUGCAGGACGUGGUCUACUUAGACGAAGGCAUCGAGGAGAUGACAGAGGUCUAUCCCAUCAGCCAGAUGUCGUCGGUCCUCCCUCGAAGCUCAAGCGUCAGCAUGGACAAGGAGGCGCUGAGCCCUUCGUCGUCUCCUAAGAUAUGA